CCAGCAGAGAGGAAAGAGAAACUGGGAGAGGGAGGAAGAGAGAAAGUGAGAAGGAGAAUCUGGGAGAGAGGAGGAGACAGAAGACCUGGAGGGCAAGAAAGAGAAAGAAAGAGGAAGAGAUUGUGAGGGGGAGGGAGAGGGAGAACGAGAUGGAGACUUAAGGAAGAGACUCUCUGAGUUCGGGGGAAAAAGAUUUGGACAGAAACAGAAAGAUUGGAAGAGAAAGUGAUACGGGGGGCGAGGGAGAGAAUGAGUGACAGAGAGACUAGAAGAGACAGAGAUUAGAGAGACAAAAGGUGAGAUUGGAGACAGAGACAGCCGAAAAGAAAGGGAGAGUGUGAGAGAAAGAGAGACUAUAAGAGACAAGAGACAAAAAGAGUGUGAGGGAGCAGGUGAGAAGCAAGACUGAGGUCUAUGAGAGGCAGCACCUAACAGACGGAGAAGGAGGGAGACUGUGGUCCCAGCACCCACACAGCCCUCUUGCUCCCUGUUGUUGGGACCUCAGAGCUGCCCUCGAUGGAGGAGGGCAGACCUCGGAGCAGCCUCAGCCUAGCCAGCAGCGCCUCUACCAUCUCCUCGCUGGGCAGCCUGAGCACCAAGAAGCCCACCCGGGCAGUAAGCAAGGUCCACGCCUUCGGGAAGAGGGGCAAUGCGCUCAGAAGGGAUCCCAACCUCCCCGUGCACAUCCGAGGCUGGCUUCAUAAGCAGGACAGCUCCGGGCUCCGGCUCUGGAAACGCCGCUGGUUCGUCCUCUCUGGUCAUUGCCUCUUCUAUUACAAGGACAGCCGCGAGGAGAGCGUCCUGGGCAGCGUCCUACUCCCCAGCUACAGUAUCAGGCCAGAUGGGGCAGGAGCCCCCCGAGGGCGGCGCUUCACCUUCACCGCGGAGCACCCAGGCAUGAGGACCUACGUCCUGGCCGCUGACACGCUAGAGGACCUGCGAGGCUGGCUACGGGCGCUGGGCCGGGCCUCCCGCGCAGAGGGGGACGAUUGUGGGCGACCCAGGUCACCUGCACGUCCCCAGUCUGGGGAGGGCCCUGGCGGCCCCGGUGGUCCCCCGGAGGUGAGAAGAGGGGAAGAGGGGCGCAGCUCAGAAUCACCGGAGGUGGCUCGGAUCUCCAGAGGUCGUGGCCGACCCGGGCUGCUCGCUCCCAGCCCUACGGCCGACCUCCAAUCUGGACCCCGGAUUCGGAGGACAAGGAGCCCAGACCUGUUCACUCCCCUCUCUCGCCCUCCCUCCCCUCUGAGCCUCCCCCGGCCCCGUUCUGCUCCUGCACGCAGACCCCCUCCCUCCUCAGGUGACACAGCACCCCUUGGCAGACCCCAUACCCCCCUGAGUCGUAUUGAUGUCCGGCCUCCCCUGGAUUGGGGCCCCCAGCGCCAGACCCUCUCCCGGCCCCCUACUCCCCGCCGAGGACCCCCCUCUGAGGCUGGAGGAGGCAGGCCCCCCAGGAGUCCCCAGCACUGGAGUCAGGAGGCCAGAACACAGGUCCCCUCUGGCUCUUCCACAUAUCUCCAGCUGCCCCCAAGACCUCCUGGGACCCGGGCUUCCAUGGUUUUAUUGCCAGGUCCCCCCCUGGACUCAACCUUCCAGCAGAGCUUGGAGACAGAUACUCUGUUGACAAAGUUGUGUGGGCAGGACCGGCUCCUGAGGAGGCUACAGGAGGAGAUAGACCAGAGGCAGGAGGAGAAGGAGCAGCUAGAAGCAGCCCUGGAGUUGACCAGGCAGCAGCUGAGCCAAACAACCAGGGAGGCUGCGGCUCCCGGGAGGGCCUGGGGGCGCCAGCGCCUCCUGCAGGACCGACUGGUCAGUGUGAGGGCCACUCUUUGUCAUCUGACCCAGGAACGAGAGCGGGUUUGGGACACAUACAGCGGCCUGGAGCAGGAGCUGGGCACCUUGAGAGAGACCCUUGAGUACCUGUUGCAUCUCGGGUCCCCCCAGGACAGAGCGUCUGCUCAGCAGCAGCUGUGGAUGGUGGAAGACACGCUGGCGGGUCUGGGGGGCCCCCAGAAACCACCCCCCCACACUGAGCCUCACUCCCCAUCCCCCGCACUCCAAGGCGAGGAGUCCUCAGAGAGGGAGAGCCUGGCUGAGUCCUUGGAACUGAGCUCAUCCCGCUCCCCUGAGACUGACUGGGGGCAGCCCCCCGGGGGCGACAGAGACCUCGCCAGCCCUUGCUCAGGUCUUGGGUCUCCAAGGGUCUCCCGGGCUUCCAGCCCUGAGGGUCGCCGCCUCCCUUCCCCGCAGCCAGGAACCAAGGCUCCCGUGCCCCGGCCGCGGAUGAGUGCUCAGGAGCAGUUGGAGAGGAUACGCAGAAACCAGGAGUGUGGACGGCCGCUCCCUCGCCCGGCUUCCCCUCGGCUCCUCACCCUGAGGAGGACACUGUCCCCAGCCAGACGCCAGCCUGACACGGAACAAAGGCCUGUCCCAGGACACUCAGGAGCCCCGAAAUGGCUCAGAAGCUCCGGGUCCUGGAGCAGUCCAAGGAACACCACCCCUUAUUUGCCAACAUCCGAAGGUCACCGGGAGCGAGUCCUCAGCCUCUCUCAAGCCCUGGCUACUGAGGCAUCGCAGUGGCACAGAAUGAUGAUAGGGGGAAAUUUGGACUCCCGAGGAGACCCUGUUCCCCCUGCGCCGCCGCCUCCGUCAGACCCCACGCCCCAGGUGUCCUCGGCCCCAAGAUCUCCUCCACUGGCCAAUUCCCGCUCCACCGGGUUCUCCCGCCGAGGUAGUGGGCGCGGCGCAGGCCCCGCCUCCUGGGAGUCCUCGUGGGAUCCUGGGGCCGCCCCUCCCGCCCUGACGCAAGAUGAGGGGGCGUGGCCUCUGCGAGUUACUCUGCUGCAGUCCAGCUUCUGACACGCCCAAACGCGGCAGCCAAUCGGAGCGUGGGGGCGUGGCCUGGAUGUACCGCCCCGAGAUCUGGAGCCACUCAGGGCACCGGGGGGCGUGAUCUAGUCCCCUCCGGUGGCCUGCCGGCGAGUGGUUUCGGUGGCCAGAGUUUGGUUUUCCCAACACUUGUCCAAAUUCGGAUUAAAACUUUGAACUUUUAGUCAAUAGCUUUCUUUGUGUCUGUUGUGGGGUCUCUGAGGGGCGGAGCUGGAGUCUGGACUCCUGGGUCCCGAGGGAGGAAGGGACAGGGACCUCAGACUUGUAGAUCUGAGGAAGGA